UCCUGUCCCCCGGAGCAGCGGCGCCCGCGCACACAAAGGCGGAGCGGGGCGGCCGCGGGGAGCUGCAGCCCUGCGUUGUCACUCCCCGCGCGGAGCUGGUGCUGCUGAGGGUGGGGGGCUCCCGCCGCCUUCGCGUUCCGUGUUGCCCGGUCCCCACCACCCCCCAGUUCCGCUCCCCAGAAAGUAAGUUUGUUCCCGGCCCGGCCCGGCCCGGCCCGCGGGGUGGGGUGGGGUGGCAGCCCCCGGGCCCGGCGGCUCGGGAAGGCGAUGCCGGUGGCCGCCAAUUCGCAGCCCUGCGCCGCCCGCCUCCGCGACCGCGCCCGGGGCCCGGCGAAGCAGCGCGCCGGCGCCGAGGGGCCGCGGGCCAGGGCCAGGCGGGCGCGGCGUUCCGGGGAGCCGCGCGGAGCGGCAGAUUGGCGACUCCUUCCGCCGCCCCCUUCCUCCCCUCCCCCCCGCCGCCCCCCGCCUUCCCCUCGCCGCCGCCGCCCCCCGCUGCCGCGGCCGCCGCCUCCCCAAUCGCGCUGCCGGCGCCCCCCCGCGCCCGCGCCCGCCCCGGCUGCCUCAGCCUCAGCCUCAGCCUCGCCAUGAACGGGGCCGCCGCGCACUUCCAGCAGCCGCCGCCACCGCCGCCCCUGCACGGGCCGAGCCUGCCGGAGCAGGGCGCCCGCAGCCAGGGCAGAGGCAGCCCCGCCGGACACGGGGCCCCGCGCGCCGCGCCGCCCGCCAGAGCCCCCGCGCCAGGUGGUAUCGGUGCUUCCUUCCAAUGCCAGUCGAUCCAUCAGGACCACAUCUGUAAUGAUGACAGUGAUAAGAGUGAAGAUAGUCCAAGUCCUAAGAGACAACGCCUUUCUCAUUCAGUCUUUGACUAUACAGCAGCAUCCCCAGCCCCAUCACCGCCAAUGCGACCAUGGGAGAUGACAUCAAAUAGGCAGCCUCCUUCAGCUCGACCCAACCAACAUCACUUCUCAGGGGAACGAUGCAACACACCUGCACGGAACAGAAGGAGUCCUCCUGUUAGACGCCAGAGAGCAAGAAGGGAUCGUCUGUCUCGACAUAACUCUAUUAGUCAAGAUGAAAACUAUCACCAUCUUCCAUAUGGACAGCAACAAGCAAUAGAAGAGCCCCGCGCCUUCCAUCCCCCGAAUGUAUCCCCUCGUAUGUUGCACCCGGCUGCUCACCCACCGCAGCAAAAUGCAGUGAUGGUUGACAUUCAUGAACAGAUUCACCAGGGCACAGUCCCCGUCUCAUAUACAGUAACAACGGUGGCACCACAUGGGAUUCCACUUUGCACAGGCCAGCACAUACCAGCUUGCAGUACACAGCAGGUCCCAGGGUGUUCUGUGGUUUUCAGUGGACAGCACCUCCCCGUCUGUAGUGUACCGCCUCCAAUGCUUCAGGCAUGCUCAGUCCAACACUUACCUGUACCAUAUGCAGCAUUCCCGCCCCUUAUUUCUAGUGACCCAUUUCUUUUGCAUCCUCCUCACCUCUCCCCCCAUCAUCCUCCUCACCUGCCACCUCCAGGCCAGUUCGUUCCUUUCCAAACACAACAGUCACGGUCGCCACUUCAAAGGAUAGAGAACGAAGUAGAGCUGCUUGGAGAACAUCUUCCUGUAGGAGGUUUUACCUACCCUCCAUCAGCACAUCCGCCAACAUUGCCUCCCUCAGCCCCUCUCCAAUUCUUAACACAUGACCCUUUACACCAGGAGGUGUCAUUUGGAGUACCUUAUCCACCAUUUAUGCCUCGAAGACUUACUGGGCGCAGCAGGUAUCGUUCCCAGCAGCCAAUACCACCACAUCCUUACCAUCCCAGCCUAUUACCAUAUGUGCUGUCAAUGCUUCCAGUGCCCCCUGCAGUUGGACCUGCCUUCAGCUUUGAGCUGGAUGUGGAAGAUGGGGAGGUAGAAAACUACGAGGCACUGCUGAAUUUGGCAGAACGUUUGGGAGAGGCCAAACCACGAGGACUAACAAAAGCAGACAUUGAACAGCUUCCAUCCUACAGGUUCAAUCCAAACAACCACCAGUCAGAACAGACUUUGUGUGUAGUGUGCAUGUGUGAUUUUGAGUCAAGGCAGCUACUUAGAGUCUUACCCUGUAACCACGAGUUCCAUGCCAAGUGCGUCGAUAAAUGGCUUAAGGCAAAUCGUACAUGCCCAAUUUGCAGAGCUGAUGCUUCAGAAGUGCAUCGUGAUUCAGAAUGACCAAUCUAAGAGCACAAUUCUAGUUUGGGUGUUCCUAGUCACAUGUAUAUACGAACUAUCCAUUGAACUUACCCGUGUGGCUUCCAGCCUUCCCUUUACACAAAAGGGUCAAUGGACCUUUCUUUGCACUGUGUGAUUUAAUCAAUUAUAAAGCUUAUAAUUAGUCUUCACAAUUAUGGGAUUGUUAUACUAACCGUGUGAUUGGAACUCCAAAGAUUUUUUUUUUCUUUAGCUUAAUUUUGUGUGUGCACUAACAUUCCCUGGGUUUUGUGUGAUCAUUCCGAGUGUUGCUGCGAGAUUACAGUGGACGUGAUCUUUUAGCAUGUGCUUUUAUAAAAGUGGUAGCUCCAAACAAUAUAGCAAUCUACCUUAUAUAGAGCCUUCAGAUACUGUGAGUGGGAAUGAUCGGUGUGAAUGGGUGUGUGCGAGAGCCUGUGUGAAGGUGUGCUAGUGAGGAGGUGCGCGUGUGUGAGAGAACUUAUAUACCAGCAUGUACUGAGAACGUAUGUGUGUAGUAUUAAUUAUGCUGCAAUGUAUAAUCUUGUGUGUUAUUUAAACAGUACUAGUACUGUACACUGGUUUCUUUCCUUGUGUUUGCAGUUGCACACUGAAUGCUAAGGGUGCAGCAAUUAUAGGCAUUUAAUAUUUCCUCCCCCAAUGUACUUAAUGGUAUGAAAAGACCUUUUUACUUUUUAUUCAGACAGCUGUUCUGCUUCCCCUUCAUUGGAGAUUUUAAGUGUACUACUAAAGAGUUCAUUGAUUUGCUCAAUACACGAUAGCCUUGUUUUUAGCAUAUGUUAUAAAAUCCAAAUUUUAAAAUUGCCAAUUUACUACUUAUUUUAUCAAUAAAGUUGCAAUAUCGCACAAAAUCAGUUAGCAAUAUUAACAUUUUCAAAAGGUAAUUUGAAUGUUGAUGCGUUCCUGUUCUCCUUUUUAAUUGUUCUAGCCAGUUUUAGUUAUGUGCGACUGAUUUCAGAUUAGUUUUUGAGUUUUGAAGAUGCUGAAGUACCGUAUUACUCGUCCUAAAUGGAAGUUGAAAGGAUCUUGCGAUGCGAGUCUUGUGCAACAGCUCUUCACAUUGCUGACCAUUGUACUACUUGAGUACGGAAUCAUUUAGCUUAUAAACAUUGGCUUUAAAAUCACUUGCAUUCUUUGUCAUUCACAAGGGAGUUUGUAUACAAUUAAAAAACUUGUAAGAGGUUACAAUUUUAUUCCUGCAACUUUGUGAACAAAAUAAAAUUUUUAGCAUUUUCUCAGAGAAGGAGAACUUCUGACUUUUUUGUUGCAUCACCAAAAGGUUUUUUCAUUUGUUGCCUGGUUCAAAUGAUGUAGGAUGCUGCUUCUGCCCUUCCCUCUGUCGUGAUGGGUUUUUGCAUAAAAAAAGAAACUCCCUUGAUUUUAAUAUUAGUCUCCAGAGUGCUCGCUACCAGAGUGAAUGUUGGUACACAAUCAAAACAAAUUAUGUGAAACAGGCGUUAACUUCCAUUCAGCUGCCCUGUGAAUAAUGCUGUGAGCCAUGCUGUUGAAAAAUUGGCUUCACUUAACACUUCAGACUUAAAGGUCUCUAAAAUUUGUUUCAUUGAAAUAAUUAGGUUGACAUGUACCGUAGCUUUCAAGAUGUGUAACUUUUUUGCGUCAUGAUGCUUUCUCUUAAAUAUACUUCGGUUGCAAUAGCACAAGUGGCACAACUAGCAAUAUUGCUGUAACUUGCUGCCAGUCUCAGCUUUAAGUUUUUAUUCUGUGUCAUGUCUGAUACUUUUUUUUAUGCUGCUAUGCUUUAGUAUCCAGCUGUAUUUUCAGACAGUGUUAUAUGUUCUCCAUGCUGCUUGCCCUUCAUGAAGGCUCUACAGACCAAGCUCAGUGUGUAGUUCUGUUUAAAAACAAAAAAAAAAGUACAAGCACAAUUUUGUCCAUGUUUCCAGACGCUAUUGCCUCUGUUUAGUUACAGAAGCUGAAUGCAAAACUUGGCAGUCUGUCCAAACCCAUCAGUACUUAAGAACACUAAAUCAAAAUGAUCGCAAAGCAUAAGGUUACAGCUUUCCCCUGAUGUGUUACAGAAUGGAAUAGCCACAAUGACAUGACACCAAACUGGUUAAAUAAUAUAUAGUAAACUUUUUAUUUUUUUAAUAAAUGAAAUCACGUGUUUAAAAAAAAAACUGUAAGCCACAUAUGUCUUAUAAUACUUAGGGUCUUUUAUAUAGCUGCAAAAAAAAUUUCUACCUGUACAGAUUUAACCAUAACAAACACUACUAUAGUCAGUAUUCACUUUGAACAAAGCAUGGAAAUAAGGCACUUUUUGUAAGCUAGAUAGAAAUACAUAAUUACCAAGGCACAUUUUACAAAUAUGGAGGUAAAGCCGUCCUCUUUGCUGAAUUGGAGCAGUCUUUGUGUGUGGUGUCCCUUUUUCCAGGUAAAGUUCUGUGAGGCAGUUGGAGAUUGAGGAGGCAGUAGGGUCUAAUUUGGUAAAAUACUGAAUUUAAUUGUUGCACUCUUGUGGCUGAUCUCUUCUAGAAUGUUUCUUUGUUUGCAUGGGACUCUUGCAGAUGUGUGCAGACUUGCUUCCUGUGGUUAGUGCGUAAGAACAGCACACAUGCUUGUGUUCUGAAUCAGCUCGGUCUGGCUACAGCUGAUAUUUUUCCUGUUGUGGCCUUCAAAAGAGGAAGGGAAGGGGAUUCAUGCUCAGCUGUUAACUGCCAUGUUAUGCACAUUUUGUGUCUUAAUUCCACAGCCUGCAGUGGUGCCUGGCAGCACCAGAAUCCAGUAAGAUAUUUAUGUUGGUUGCCUUCUCCCCAUAUUCCCAACUCCCCCUAAAAACAAUAAACUCUUGGCUUUACCAUA